AUUUUGAGAGAAUUGCGUUGGGAUUAUAAAUUUAUUUAAAAUGAGCGAUUCGCGAGUGUGAUGGAAUGGAUAUCGAUAUGGUAGCUUUGAUUUUAAUGGAAUAGAUGAAGAGAUACACCAUUUAGAGAAUCCUUCAAUCUCAAGCAGAUGGAUACAUAAAUCUAAAACACAACUUUAUUAUGUUUUUCAAACCCUUCUUCCCGUGGUUUAUUGUUUAAUAGUUAGUGGGAACUUGGGAAUCACCUUCCUUUCCCUCUAUCCAUUCUCAAAGAUCAAAAUAACAACUAUUAUUCAUUUGGGGAUUAUCCAACUAAUCAGCAUCAUGAUCAUCUGGAGCCAUUGUGCCUGCUCCUCAACUGAUCCAGGUUCACUACCUAUGAAAGUUGAAGAAAUCGACCCUCGAAAGAUUUCUGCAGACACUAGAAAUAUGUGGCAAGAAGUAAAGUCAGAAAUCUCCAAAAUAAAUAAAAGCCGAAAGUUAAGCCCAGAAGAAACUAAGGAGAAAGAUAUGGAAGAAGUUGAGCUAAAACAAGUUUCUGCAAAUAAAUCAGUCAAUAAUGAUUUUACACAAGAUAAGGCUAUACCUGAUGAAGCUAGAAAUUCUGAUGAUUUAGAAAUUAGUGAGAAUACAAUUGAUCAGAGAUCAACACAAAAUGAUUGCAUCAAUGGGAGUGAGUCUUCAAGGACCUCUGCUGAUAAGAUGAAUGAUGAAAGUAAGAAAAAGCUAAUAGACUCAUUUACUAACUUCUGAAGUAAAUGCAAAAGUCUUAAACCACCAAGGACUCAUCAUUGCAGUCAAUGAGGAAGGUGAAUAGCAAGGAUGGAUCAUCACUGACCAUGGAUUGAUAACUGAGUUGGGAUUAAAAAUCAAAAACAAUUUGUUCUGUUCUUAUCAUAUCUUCUUCUUGGCUGAUGAUAUGGAAUGACCACCCUUAUUUUAGACGUAUUUAUAUGUAUCAUUAGUAAAGGCAACAAAUACUCAAAUCCUUUUGUGAUACUUAUUGCAAUGGGAACUCUAUUCAUUCAAUUUAUGUUCUUAGUGUUUGCUUACCUCAUGCUCCAAGACCAAUUCGACAGCAUUAUAAAUGAUACUUCAGUGAUUGACAGGCUAAAACGAACUCAAUUACAUAAGCCUAAAGAGCACUGGUGGGUUUUAAUUAAGAAUGUCUUUGAUAAUGAAGCUAAAAUAUGGUGGUUGCUGCCUACAAAGAUUCACAGAAACGUGACGAUUGAGAGCCAGUAUUAACUAAAUUUUCAAUAUUCGGAGCAAAUGAU